UUGGAGGUCUCAAGGUUGGCAAGUAUGAAUGAUUAGUUUACCGGGUAAAACACUUCUGGGUAAACUUUACCCAGAAGUGUUCCUUCCUGGCAACCUGUCUUUGUCUUUAUCACGUGUUCCUAAAAUAUCAACAUGUAAAUAAAUCAAAACCAUAGAGAGGGUAGUUGCGAUAGGAAAACCUUGAAGUAAGUCGCCAGAUGGGAGUGUCGAAUCUACCUCUUAGGGCCGAAGUCCCGCCUCACAGUGUGACUUGAGGGUAUAAAAUGAAGGAAAGUCACUGUACGCGGGAGGCAAUCUUCAGUUGGAGUUCACCUACGAAUUCUGUCAAAGAGACACACGUCUGUCAAUUACUAUAACCACUGCCUGCACAGAGACUGAUUGGAGUCGCUUUCCUUCCGCCUCCAAGCUCCAAGUUUACCUCCAGUCGGGCGGCCACACGGAGCUCAGCAUGGCCGCGGACGGCUCCGACCAGCGGGCGCUGCAGUAUGAACAAACUCUGAUGUAUGGGCGUUACACCCAGGAGCUGGGGGUGUACGCUAAAGAAGAAGCAGCUCGGCUGAGGGAGAGUGGACAGAGGCGAUCGGUCAGUGAGCGAAGUCGGAACUUGGACCUGCUGGAAUACAACAAAGGACGCUGUGCCAAGUGUCGCAUUUGCACGGUUCGCUGCCAAAAGUUCCUGAUCUCGCGGGUCGGGGAGGACUGGAUCUUCCUCAUCCUGCUGGGACUAUUCAUGGCAUUGGUCAGCUGGGUGGUGGACUUUUGCAUCGCCAUUUGCCUUCAAGCACAGAAAUGGAUGUAUGGUGGCCUGGACAGUAACGUUUUCCUGCAGUAUCUGGCCUGGGUCACAUACCCUGUGGUCCUCAUCACCUUUUCUGCUGGCUUCACUCAGAUUCUUGCUCCACAAGCUGUUGGUUCGGGCAUUCCAGAGAUGAAAACGAUCUUGCGAGGAGUAGUGCUGAAGGAAUACCUCACCUUCAAAACGUUUGUGGCCAAAGUCAUCGGCCUGACCUGCGCCCUGGGCAGUGGAAUGCCGCUGGGCAAGGAGGGUCCAUUUGUUCACAUUGCCAGUUUGUGCGCCGCUCUCCUCAGCAAGUUCAUGUCUCUGUUUGGAGGAAUUUAUGAGAACGAGUCGAGAAACAUUGAGAUGCUAGCAGCGGCGUGUGCAGUGGGGGUCGGUUGCUGUUUUGCUGCCCCUAUUGGAGGUGUGUUGUUUAGUAUUGAAGUAACAUCGACAUUCUUUGCGGUGAGGAACUAUUGGAGAGGUUUCUUUGCAGCAACCUUCAGUGCCUUCAUUUUCCGAGUGCUCGCUGUUUGGAACAAGGAUGAAGAGACCAUCACAGCCCUUUUUAAAACUCGCUUUCGACUAGAUUUCCCCUUUGACCUCCAGGAGCUUCCCGCUUUUGCUGUCAUUGGAAUCGCCAGUGGGUUUGGUGGGGCUUUGUUUGUCUACUUUAACCGACUGAUUGUCCAGUUCAUCAGGAAACAGAAGGCCAUCAACAAAUUCCUCAUGAAAAAACGUCUUCUGUAUCCAGCACUAGUAACUCUACUUGUUUCCACCUUAACAUUCCCCCCUGGCUUUGGUCAAUUUAUGGCUGGCAAGCUGACGCAGAAAGAAUCUCUGGUGACAUUACUGGACAACCGGACUUGGUGCAAAGAAGGCAUUGCAGAAGAGUUUGACUACAUUGGCAACUCCAAGGCUUGGCAACAUCCGGAGGUCAACGUCUUUGUCACACUGGUUCUCUUCAUUGUCAUGAAGUUCUGGAUGUCUGCCCUUGCCACAACAAUUCCAGUACCCUGUGGGGCAUUCAUGCCAGUAUUUGUUAUAGGAGCAGCAUUUGGUCGCCUGGUGGGAGAAAGCAUGGCAGCUUGGUUCCCAGAUGGUAUUAACACGGAUGGCACCAUAUACCCCAUUGUACCAGGAGGCUAUGCUGUAGUAGGUGCAGCAGCCUUGUCGGGAGCAGUCACCCAUACAGUUUCUACCGCAGUGAUUGUUUUUGAGCUGACUGGGCAGAUCUCUCACAUCCUACCUGUGAUGAUAGCAGUGAUUCUGGCCAAUGCUGUAGCGCAGUCCCUGCAACCCUCCCUCUACGACUCCAUCAUCCGGAUCAAGAAGCUGCCAUACCUCCCUGAGCUGGGCUGGGGACACCAUGAGAAGUAUAAUAUCCGUGUGGAGGACAUCAUGGUGAGGGACGUGCGCUACAUCACACUCAACUGCUGCUACAGAGAUCUGCAUAAUGUCCUGCUGACGGGUCACCUCAAAACUCUGGCUCUGGUGGAAUCAGCUGCGUCGAUGAUCCUCUUGGGCUCCAUCGAACGUGCUCAGCUCCAGGCGCUGCUCUCCCUACAGCUUGGUCGUCCUCGUCGCCUGGAGUUCAUCAGAGACCGGGAUGUAGCGGAGAAGAAGCGUAUGUCUGUUGUGUCCAACUCUGACUGCGAGUACGACCACCAGCGAACAAGUCAAGAGGUCCGCUUCCAGAUUUCCACUGAAGAAUCAUCCUUCAGCCCCACUCGUCCAAUUUCUCCAAAGCCCCUUAAACCUGCUCUGAAGAGACCCUCUGUGGUUGAGCGGCCCAUUGAUAUCCCCACCAGCCUACAGGACCAGUCAGGCAACUCUCUAAAGAACCUGUUUUGUGCCAGUCCAGAUGCAGAAAUGAUGGAGGAAGAUGGCGAUGUGGAAGAUGACAUGACGCUCAGAGAGAUUGCAGAGUGGGAGGAGAUGCAACUUGAUGAGCAGGUCAACUUUAACAACUGCAAGAUCGACCCUGCCCCAUUCCAGCUUGUAGAGCGCACAUCGCUGCAUAAGACUCACACGAUCUUCUCCUUGCUGGGACUCGACCACGCCUACGUGACCAGUAUUGGACGCCUCAUUGGCGUUGUUUCCCUUAAAGAGCUUCGUAAAGCCAUCGAGGGCUCCGUGACGGUGAAAGGCGUGAAGGUGCGUCCACCUCUGGCCAGUUUCCGGGACAGCGGCACCAGCAGCAGCGAGACCGACGCCACCGAGCUCCACAAGCUGUGGAGUCGCCAGAAGAGCGCCUCGCUGCCCCGCGAACACGCCCCGUCAGUGUGCGACGAGAAGUCCCAGUGAGGUACAAAAUAGGACAUGUCCGGGUCCUACAUUCUCUGCAGUCAAAAAAAAAAAACAUGCAAAAUUCCUCAGGGCUACGAAUCAAUAUUUCAUUGUGGAAAGAUUUCUACUGCACCGUCAGCCUCGUCUUCUCCUCGCAGUCAUUUUGUGCAAGACACUCCUCAGGGGAGCCGAACACAUCUCAGCCUGUGUCCUGCUCUCUAUUAGCACCUGGGAACCAACAAGUGGUGAAUUUAUAAAACAAAAAGGGAUUUUCUUAAGCAGAUAUUACUUAGUUAGCCUGAUCUGAGAGUAGCAGUCUGGUGUACUGUAAAUGUGUGUGUAUGCUGAUUAAGCACUGUUUUGUUUUGCACUGGAAAGACUCCUUGGUGUCCUCCCCCUUUUAGAGUAUGCACCAGGCAAGCAGACAUGCCCAACAUAGCCUGUAACCAUUUGAAUAAUGCAUCCCUUAAUGCACAGAAACAUGGCCCUAGGUUUAUGGCCUAUCUAAAUAUAGAUCUGACUGAUCAGACGGACAGCAAUGGACGGAAGUAAGCAAAGAUUCAAUGAAUGAAUUUGCCUCCAAAUCAAUGCACCUUUCUUCACCUUUGCUUUAGAGACACUGGAUAGUAUAAGAGAUGAUCAAACGUACACGAAAAGGGAGCGGAAUCCGCUUCAUUACUGCCGUACAAAGGGUAGAAACACUACAAGAAAUCAAUGGAAAGAUAGUCGAUUUUAAAAAUGAACCUUGUUUAGCCACUCAAUUAUUAGCUUUAGCAACGGUGGAGGAAAUCGGAGCCCUCGUUGUUUUAAUGCAUGGAUUCAGUCAGCAGUGAGCCUGACAUGACAGAUAAUAAGUACUGUGUAUUUAAUAAUUCAUGUCUACCAUAAUGCAUGAGGUUGGGCAAUGUGUGCUCUGUUAAUGGAAAGAAAAACACUGAUUUCUCUUCCUUCUCCUCCGUGCUUCUGAGCCACAAAACUCCAUGCCCCUAUUUUAUAUAUAUAUAUGGUAUUUUUUAAUAGACCUGUACUACACCCACGGAAAUGUUACUACAGUGCUGCGUGCCGUGAAUACGCACACUUGUAGCCGCCAUCAUUAUCAGUUUCGCUUUUGAUGUUCUGCACAGGUUGUACUGUAAGUAUGGUGACACCAGCAGCAUGGAUUAGCAUGAAAUAUACAGUGGUAUGUCAGUUUGUUGGACAAAAUGUGGCCCCUCGGUUAUCGUAAACAUUGCACGUAAUUAAGUAGCGCAUUUUCUCGCAUGUAAACAAAGAAUCCCACUCAGUCUCUGCGCUUGUUUUAAUUGAGUCCAACUGCAAAAUAAUCCACCACCAAGCCAGAGGGCCAAAGAAAGUUGUGAGUGGCAGCCCUUUUGUUAAGAAAGUGAUAAACGUCACUGAAUUCAAAACAGAACUCGUAGCAAAGUACAAAAGUGGCUCAUUUAUAUGGGUUUCAAGGGGAUGGGUAAAUGAUGUCUUAGUGAGUGUGUGGCAAAGUCACUGGCUGUAUUGACACUGCACUGCUACUGUGUUGGUGUUUCAUAAUGGUGUCAUCUGGCGGAUUAAAAAAGUUAUUUCUGGACUUUUGAGCGCACACCCACCAAAUUUUAGAAAGAAUAAAUAUUGUUACAUGUAUUAGCCGCACCGGACUAUAAGAAGCAGAUAAAUACCGGCACUAAAUAUUUUGUACAUUUUUAUUUACCGUGUUUUUCGGAGUGUAAGUCGCUCCGGAGUAUAAGUCGCACCGGCCGAAAAUGCAUAAUAAAGAAGGAAAAAAUAUAUACAGUAUAAGUCGCACUGGAGUAUAAGUCGCAUUUUUUGGGGACAUUUAUUUGAUAAAACCCAACACCAAGAAUAGACAUUUGAAAGGCAAUUUGAAAUAAAUAAAUAAUAGUGAACAACAGGCUGAAUAAGUGUACGUUAUAUGACGCAUAAAUGACCAACUGAGAACGUGCCUGGUAUGUUAACGUAACAUAUUAUGGUAAGAGUCAUUCAAAUAACUAUAACAUAUAGAACAUGCUACACAUUUACCAUGAAAUCUUAUAUGUCUAGUCUCUUACGUGAAUGAGCUAAAUAAUAUUAUUUUAUAUUUUACGGUAAUGUGUUAAUAAUUUCACUCAUAAGUCGCUCCUGAGUAUAAGUCGCACCCCCGGCCAAACUAUGAAAAAAAUUGCGACUUAUACUCCGAAAAAUACAGUACAUACCUUAAUUAUUUCCAAACACACGGUAGUGAAAAUGGCUGAUCAUCGUCAUGGACCUACUAGCUGCAAAAACUAGCUCUCCAUUCAGCUAAACAGACUCAAUAACUCCACCGGGACAAUUUGCCGAAAUGACCAAACUGAAACAAUACAAAAUAAUGCCAGUUUAACUUAAAAAUACUAAUACAGACACUUGUAGACGUGUUGGCGUAUUCGCUAAUGCUAACGACACUAGCUUGAUUACCUUGUGAUUACAUCACACAUUGGGACGGUUGAGUAUGUACAAAUAGAUUUAGUUACGUUGUAAAACUUGAAGGUUUGAAUGGAUAAUCCUUUGGAGCAGAAACGCUAAAUACGUUCGGUUCAAAGGACGAAACAGAAAAUAUGUUUUCAUCCAGCAACACCGGCCGUGAGCGAUCUAGUCUAAAAGAUGGCGCAAUAACACAAACAAUACCACACUUUUUCGGUGUCCGUCCGUGUUCCAUGAAAACUUCAAACAUGAUGGCCGUUAGCGGAAAAAAAUCCAUAAAUAAACCGCACCGUUUUAUAAGCUGCAGGCUUCAAAGCGUUGUAAAAAAACAAAAACAAAAAAAAAGACCUAGUUUUUUAUAGUUUGGAAAAUACGGUACAUUUGACCUACAAUUCAUAGUUAGCGAAUAUAAUUUAACUUAUCUUAAACUAUGGUAAACAGGAAGAAAAAUAACAUUUACCUUAAAUUAUCUCACACUUUGGAUCUAUUCCUUUUUCAAAGGUCUAUUUAGAUCAACAAUGGCGAUCAUACUCAAUGCCAAACGUGGGCCGACAUCUUUCGAGAGAAGUUCUUCCUUAUGAAUACAAUUUGGCGCUUAAGUCAAAUGAUACGACAGCUUUGUCGGUCACAUGUUUGUUUGUUAAAGUGACACACAUCGAUAUGUUCUAGGGACACCGUAUCACUCCCCGUGUUUCAUGAUGUAUCAAUUCUUCUUUGCAUAGUUCAAAUUAUAGUUAUUGUCCAUAAAAUGUAGCGUUGUUGAGCGAUUAAUCGGAUUGGCAUUAUUUCCUACAGGACAAAUUCAUUUUGCAACAGACAAAAGUCGAGGUACCACUGUAUAUUCCAAAUGAUGGCAAUGCACCAAAAACCAAACUCAUGACAAAAAUGAAAUAAUUCAGUGAUUUAUUGUCCGAUGAGGUUUGUUUUUAACCAGAUUUUUUUAAGGGGUUUUCGUGGACCAGUUUCUACGUAACAACAUGACUGUAAUAUAAAAUGAUAAUUUAAUGUUUUAACCAAUCCGAUAUUCUUUCCACGAGGGGCUUCUUUUAUAUUGUUUUCUAUAGUUGCUAUUAUUUGUCACAUUGUCUUUUUUUAUACUUUGCAAAUAUGCAGUCCCGCUCACUGAUGUUUCAUCGACUCCAUGUGGACGUCACAUGUACGUACAGUAGAGGUACUUCACAGGUGUGCCAGUACUCUAGACAUAGCAAUCAAAGAUUUAUUAAGACAUACGAGUAUGCAUUUCUGGGUGCCUUCCGUUGUGUAAGGCCCGCCAUAUAUACAUUACACAUGUUCACGAAGCAAACUGAAAUAGUUGUGUAUUUAUUAGCGUGUAAUAAUCAUAGUUGGGGUUUGUCAUGUCUUUCUUUUCUUAUAGCUACUGCAAAUGUAAAUAAUCAAAUGUGCAAUAACGGUCGUUCAUCUCACUUUGUAACCCUGUUUUGACCGAGUGCGAAGAUAACCUUAUUUUUUUAAAGUGUCCAGAAAAUGAAUGUACAUUGGAGCCCACAUGUUGAUGUUUGGCUUUUUCAGCGGGAAGGUUUCCUUCAGAAGUUUGAAUUUCAUUCAAAUUCGGCACAACUAUAAAGGCACUGUUUUUUUUAAGAUUUUUAGGUGAUUUUCUUUUAAGAAUAUUUCAUAUGGACAAAUCCAUCCCCUCUUUGCAGCUAUAACAGCUUUUGCCUACUCAGCAUUUCUCUUCUGGCUCAUUCCAAAGGUGUUUGAUUGGGUUUUUCCACUCAUCGAAGGAUGCCUUUAUGGACCAAAACGACCUUCCAAACAAUUUAAAGUUAAAGAAUUGUUCAAUUAAGAUUAAUUAAUGAAGUCUAACAAUAUUGAUUCAUAAACAAGUUGUCUGUCCAUAUUGUGUACAGGUAUGAACUUGGGUUGUCCCAAUCUGAUAUUGAUAUCAGUCCGCAUCAGCAUAAAAACAAGUAUCGUAUUGUAUAAUUGUUUGCAUCUAAAAUCGCCGAUCCAAGCAGUCCUGCAGCUUGUUAACUGUCCGUUAACAUCUAAUUGGCCUCCAAUUAACACACAAUGUUAAUUUUUCUUGUGUUUUAGUGAAGUCAUCAAAUGGUAAACAUGGUAGGCUAAAGGCUAACAAGAGCUAACAGCUACACAACAGCUAAGCACACAAUAGCACUCAAGCUAGACAUAAUAAGUGUCCUUAAUUAAACAAUAUUGCAAUCUAAAACAGCACAUUUGGCAAUAUAAACAAGCAUUAAAUAAUGAUAGGCAGAAGGGUAUUAGAAAGUAUAACAUGUCCGCAUCAUUCAACGUACUGCAUCAUGAGCUUAAUUUAAUCAAUUAUUAUUGUGACCACUAAGUGCCACCAAAAAUGUAUUACUGCAAUACCCACUUCAACUUAAAGAAAUUAUAAGUUAAUAAUAAAUAAGUUGGUAUCAUUCAUACCUACCAUUGUGCUCUGUUUGAGUAAUUUAUCUGGAUCGAACCUUUGCUAAACUUUUCACAGUACAAAAUAAUAAAAGUAUGUAUGAUUCGUGCUGAUAUCGUAUAAGACUAACAUCGGUAUCGGCCAAUACUUUCUGUAUUGUAUCGAAAGUGAAAAGUUGUAUCGGGACACCCCUAGUUUGAACGCACUCCUAGCUCGGCUUCGGGGAAACCUUCCCUGCUAAAAUGCACUAACUUUCACAGGUGAACUUCAUAGGACUUUCUCUAAACGUAUAAAAUGUCCACUUGUUUAAUGUUUCAGUACUCUUUGGCAAAAUUCACAAAGGGUUUUUUUUUUUUUUCUUGAGGUGCUGUUAUGUUGAUCAAUUAUUAGGUGUGGUCCUAGCCUUGCUAUGUCAAUUAUUAAGUGUGGUCUUAGCCUUGCUAUGUCAAAAUGUGAACAUAAGGAGGAAGACUGUUUGAUUACCAAUGAAAAACUACUGAAACAUUCAAUGGUGGAAGAACGUUUAAAGAAAGUCAAAUUACGUUGAGUGAUUGAUGUGUCUGAUUAAUCCUGCUGAAUGGAUGGUAGUUGGAACUGUUGCACAAGCCCAACGGACAAAUCGUUGUUAUCGACUUUCUUCUGAGGUUAGAUCCUUACAACAGUUGUUGAGGGUUACCUUUGAUACACCAUUUGGGGUUUUUGAGUGAAGAUCGAACAUUAUUCAGGGCCUUCAGAGCAGCAACGCUGAAGGCCAAACCAGAGAGUUAUUUUUCACAAUGAAAAAAAAAAUCAACACUGUUUUGUAUAUCAGGGACAAAUAAAUGAUACUUUAA